UUUUAUUUUGAGAAAAAAAGUUAAAACAAAAAAUACCGUUACAAGAAAAUAAAAAAACUAUCAAAUAAAUUAAUUAUUACCCGCGAAGUGGUUUUGCAUUACAUUUUUCAUUGGUUGUGCGACAGAAAAAACGAAAUUCUCUCGCUGUGUGUUUUUAUUUAAAAACGAAAUAACUGCAGUAAAUUAUGCAAACAUUAUUUUAUUAACAAUAGUAUUAUUUUAAAUAGUUAAUUUUUGUGGAAUUAUUGAUUUCAGUGCGAGAGUGUGUGUGCGUGAGUGAAUUUUUUGCGAUUGUAACAAUAAUAAAAGCAGUAUUAUUCUAUUGUGCCAACAAGCUAACAUCCAGGUAAUCGUUAUCUUCCACUAAAAUCGCAUGCCUCGAGUCAUCAACUAACUCAAAAUAAAACGACUUAGAAGGACAAAGAAGCAAAAGCUGUGCAGAAAAACAUCGGCAACAACAUAGACAAAGACCAACGAAAACAAAACAAACAAAAGAAAAAAACAUCUACCAUAGCUACAUUUGGCCGCCGCAAGUGGCAGACAAAACUAAUGGCAAGGACAAGACACCAAAAACUACAACAACCAAGGCCACAUCAUGGGAAGGGUAGCGGGCGCCAAGUUCUAGUGAAUUUUUGGACACCAUGGAUUAUUGCAGCACUGCUGGUUGCCAUACUCGGUGGCCAAUUGGCGGCUAGUGCUGGUGUUGAUGCUCUAAGCAACAGCAUUUCACUAAACGGAAACGGAAAUCGGUUGCAGCAACAAGAAUUGCCGGGCAUUGAAGCAGCAACGGCAGAGAAACAACUCAGCCACCACCAGAACAACGACGACAAUGCUAAUGACGAUAAUCAAAACGAUGAUGACGAAGCUGAUGUCAGCAUUGGCAGGGAGCAACUCAAUUAUGUUAUGCAAAAAUCGAAAACUCAAUUACUUCCCAACGGCGAUGGACACUUUGAGGAUGAUGAAGAUGAAGGCGAAGAUACAGAUUUCAGAGGCAAUGGAUUUGGCUACAAUUUAUUGAGACCCCAAAUAAGCAUGGGCUCUCCUCUGCGUAGCCUUAACAUUGUGAAAAGAGCACCAGGUGGUUUUGUGGGAAUGCGUGGCAAAAAGAGUACCGAAGGAAGUAAUGAAGACCUUAGUAAUGUCUACAGCAGCAGCUUGGCAUUUCCAUGGCAAACCAUACCAGACUUCGAUGAGAAUGCUAUGAAUUGGGAAGACUAUAUUCAGGCGAAUGCCCAACGUUAUAAAAAAGCUCCGUCUGUAUUCUAUGGUGUACGGGGUAAAAAAUUCACUUUGGGUGGUGGCAUAUAUCCAGGCGGUGAUGCCUAUCGUUGGCAACAAUUUCUACAGAAAUUGGACGAAGAAAAUGUUCGCCACAUGAUUGUGGAUGAUUUCGUGGAUCGUUUGGUAAACGAACCGCACACGGAUACUGGGGCGCUGCAACAACAAAAUGAAAUGUCGAAACGAGCACCAACCGGUUUUACGGGAUUGCGUGGCAAACGUCCUGAAUUAACAGAAGCCGGUGCUGACAUGUCCCUGGAAUUGUUGGGUAAACGUGGUCUUAGCAACACCUUUGUGGGAGUACGCGGCAAAAAGGAUGUAUCACAUCAGACCUUUAAACGUUCACCCUUGGCCGGUGGUUCAGAGCGUUAUUUUUUUGAUUUUUGGAAAAAGUCUUCACCGAACUCGGGACCUGGUGGUAAACGUCAACGAUUUCUGGAUUUUGGCAAUAAAUUUGUUGCGGUCAGGGGCAAGAAAAAUUCGUUGAAUCAAAAUAGCUAUGAAAUGGAGAAUUUGGGUAACAACAUUAGAUGGACAUAUUCGCCAGUGUUUUCACCCAUAACGCCAGCCUUAAACGCGAAUGGUGUGGUCACGACUGACGGGUCUUCGAUGCGUUUGAUGUAUGGCAACACUGGCAAGAGAGCACCCAAUGGAUUUGUGGGUAUGCGCGGCAAACGACCAUCCAGCGUAGCCGAUCUAUUUACAGCCAAUUAAAUCAAGGGGAUAACUAAGACAAGCUGAAUAAAAAAUAUCGAAAUUUACAAAAAAAGGGAAAUUAUUGAUUUUUGUGUAUUUAUGUAUGUUUGGCCUCCAUUAUAUUAUACGAUCAGCAACAACAACCUGACAAAAUAAAAUAUUUAUAUUAUACACAAACAUAUAUAUAUAUCACAUAACUAUAUAUCAAAUACGAAUACCAACAAACGGACUAUGUAUAUUGAAUAAAUUUAGUUAUUAACUAACUAUGUAGUAAACCAAAAAAAAAAAAACAAAUAUGCAGACAUUCUAAAUAAUCUCAAAAACUGGGCUGGUAUUAUUUAGAAAUGUUGUUAUAAUUUAUACAUACUAUAUUAAAUAAAUAAUAAAAGAAAAAAAAAACUAAAAACAAACAUAUGAUUUUUAUUGUCUUCAGUUAAAAAUAUCAAAAAAAAACUUUAUUAGUUUAACUUAACUAAAACUUUAUAUUAAUAAAAAAAUAUAUAUAGUAUAUACACUAGAAGUUUCCUAUAUAAUGCAUAAAAUGCAAGAGAAAAAUUAACAAAAAAAUAACUGGUUAGCCAUUAAUCUGAAACAAAACAUCCACCACCACUGUAACUAAAUAUGAAACUUAAGUAACAUAUGAAAACAUUGAAAAAGAACGAAAUAAAAAAACACACUUUGCACAAUUUUCCAUUUACACUGUAUAUAAAUAAGGCAAUCGUGUAAUUAAAUCGAAAAAUUAAUCAUAUUUUAUGUGAAUUAUUAAUGUAAACUGUCAAAACCACAAACUAAACAUACACUACAUAUUUACUUAUAUUAAUAUACAUACAAUACAAAAGGAAACUAAAAAUAAAUAGAUGAAAUAAA